AUGUCGCGCUGCAUCGCAGAUUGCCGAGAGUUCGUUGAUUAUCAUGGGUCUCUGUUGGCCAGUCGGGAUGCAACUCUAAUAGCAGGAGAAUUCGACGGCUUAGGGCCUCCCGAUCUGUGUUGUUUGGAAAAAGUCCAGAAAGACAGGAGUCUCGCGACGUUUUUCGGGUCGACUUCCUACGAUGAAACAUCCUUCACGCGUGCGGCGGCGCUUUUUUGCCACUAUGUCAUCGGCCUUGAAACGUCUCAGCCCGCCGCCUUGGCGGCUUACAUCUACGGUCAAGUGGCGAAGCAGGAAACAGAGACAAGCUGGUUCGGCCGCAAGUGGCAAAUUCUCGGCGGCAUCUACUGCACAUUCGACGUUUUCCACCAGGUCGACCUUCGCGUGGAAGUUCGCCUGCCAUGUACUCCGGGGGUGAAGCCGCGUUUUCUCUCGGCUUGCCCGUCUGCUUCUGGAGCCUCGCCCGGACCUGGCGCCUCCGGCGCAGUCUUCUGCUACGCUUUCCCUGCUUCGUCUCUGCAUCCUUCGUCUGUUCUCUCACAUCAAGUUUCCCCCCCAGGGCAUCCACGCCUUUGCGGGGCCUCAGCCUCGACGGCUGCAACUUCUUCGCUUCCGCCCUCGUCUCCUUCAGACUCGGCCUCGCACCAGCGGGCUUCCGUUUUUUCGCGUCGAAAGCUUGCGCGGGAUAUUCGGGACUUGCCCCAGAAUGUAUGGGAGACAGCCUUGCUGUCUUCAAUGCUCCGGGCGGAAGUGCCGCCCCGGAUUCAUCCGUGUCGCUGUCUGGUGGUUCUUCCUCUGUUCGAUAAGCCGGGGAGAAGUCGCGAAUUCGUGGAGCUGGCUAGCCGCUUCUUUGCGUCCGGAGACGACCUCGGCUUGCUGCCUUCUAUCGGCCAGGGGACGAACGCGCUGUGCGAAGUGCUCGCGCACCACGUGCUCCGGACCUUUUCGCUACCCAAGAUCGUCGAGACGCUUUCCUCCUUGCAUGCGCUUUCACCCCUUGUCCACCUUCACGUCGCACGCGCCUACAGCAAGAGAAAAAUGCUGCACCUCGCGCUCACCAUCGCGAUUCGCAGUUUGCGGUCUUUUCCUGAGGAGGCCUGCUUCCUGCGAUACCAGGCGGAAGUUCUGAUCAAAAAAGGAGAAGAAGAAGAACGGAAAGAAGGCAGUGGUCCAAGCAGGGAGGUCUGUGACGAGCGACGCUUCGAGAUAAGGCCUGAAGGAGGCGAGGGAACCGCAUCGAGAAGAGGAAGAGAACAUGUCGAAUCUCAGUCUACACACAUGCGACGUCACCAACUCAGCUGGACACAGAACGUCCCCGAACUUCCAACGUCUUCAGAUUCUCCCUAUCACUUCUCCAUCUCUUCUCGCCCUAAUUCUUCUUCCUCUUGUUCUUCUCCUUGUUCUUGUUCUUCUUGUUCUUGUUGUUCUUCUCCUCGUUCUGCUUCUUCUUGUUCCUUUCCGCGCGUUCCCGCGAGGCUGGAGACAGGCGCUCGGGCCAGGUGGGGUCACCUGGCAGUUCGUGCAGCAGAGCAUGCAGUGACGUUGUCUCCGACUUUGUUUCCGUUCUGGAUGACUCUGGCGACUGCGUUGGCCUUCUCUCGAGACUACGCACGCGCGCUUCUCGUCCUGAACGCUGCGCCCUACGUUCCGCUGUCGCUGCCUCUGUACACGAAGGGCCUGCCUCCCGACGUCCACCAGUGCGAAACGACGGAGCCGCCGCAGCAGCGCUCCGGCUGUUUCUCGCAUCUUCUUCUCCCGCCCUACGACGACGACUUCUGGGUGAUUCCUUGGGUGGGUGCGGGCGCCUGCGGCCAGGGCACAGCGGCCUCUCUGCACCAGCAGCUCCAAGAGUGCGACGAAGACGGGGACGGCGCCUCUCAGGCGGCCCUCGGAGACAGUGGCCCUGGCGGGUACGUCUCCGCCCUCGCGUUUCUCUGGUCGGGCCACAGGCACGCAGAGGACGGAGAGGAGAGGAGGCACUGCGGCACAGGAGACGAGGGACAGCGCAGGGAUCCCCGUUCGGACUUUUUGCCUGGGGUGAGGCCUAGGCAAUGCAGCCUGUCGCCGGACUGUUCUGGAGGCCGCUGCAGAAACGCCUGUGGAGGCUUGGAUCCGGCAGACGAGGGCAGAAGCGGUGCUGGGCAGUGUUGCGGAGACGGAGGUCAGUGGGGAGCAAACAGACAAGAGAAGGAAGCGGGGGUGUCGACAGCGCAGUCUGUUUCCGAAGGUAACGUUUGCAUGCAAGGAAACGCGGCGGGGGACGACGGGGACAGGAAAAGAGAGACUCGAGGACAUCGUGAUGCGUCGACUUGCCCUUGGGAGGGAGAGAAAGGGAACGAUGCUGAGGCUGUGUCUGCUUCUCCAAUGAGGGACGGGCGGCCUCCAUCGUUUCCCAACUUUGGUCGCCGUGAUUCUGCGUAUGCAUGCGACGGUUAUCGCGGAGCAGAUGCUAUUCCGACGCAGCUGAGGCACCCAAGAGAGGAAACCGACGGUCAUUGUCUGCCCACAAAUGCGCCUUACUCUUCGUGUGCGUCUUCCUCUGCACGGCCUCCGGCCUCUCAUGUUCCCUCGCGGCGCGUCGCGAAGAACGCAGACUCCUGCGUAGGGACGGGAGACCAGCCUCGAGCUCAGACCAGCCAAGACACCGUGCUGGGCAUCCAACCGCAUGCGUCUGGGUCAGCUAACCACCGGCCCGUCUCUGGGCCCCCCACGACUGUUCCCGCGAGCACCUUCCUGUCUUCUCUUGACAGGCUGAACGUGUGCCUCAACUCCUCGAAGGGCGGCCGGCUGGACUACUUUGAACGGAAAACCUUCAGGCUGCUGUCAAAAAUUCAGCGCGCCAUUUCUCAGGACCUUCUUCUCGUUCUCUCCUCGCGUCUCUUCUCUCCUCCACGGCCUCUGCCUCCCCACCUCAGGUGGGCUCUGACGCCGGCGCCUGUUCCUCUGUCCACCCUCGACUCCCGCGAAGCCGGAGAGGGAGAACAAGCGAGAGAGAAGGCGAGGGGAGAGGGAGCAAGGGAUGGAGAAGGAGAGAGAGGGGACCGAGAACGAGGUGGAGAGGGAGAUGGCGAAAGGAAGGCAGAGGAAGAGGUAAGAGUCGGCAGUGGGAUCUCUGAUGAAGAAGAAAGUGGAGGAAUAAAGGAAGAGAGAAGAGAAGAGUUGCGAGAGGAACCGUCGACUCACCUCGAUGCGUCUUGUAACGCAGGCGAGGAGGAAUCCGGUAAAGGGGCACCUCGAGCUUCAGACGAUGGUGACGUCGUGCCGUCCAUAUCUGCUUCAUCUGAAACAACGACUGAAGCUUUGCCGAGCCCGCUGAGGACUGGAAGUCGGCGUACUUCAUCUUCAUCUUUCUCUUCCCCGACCCCCCUGUUUGAUCUACCUGAAAGACGCAAUGACCGUGGCCAUCUGGUGCCUCCCUCUACGAGUUCCGAGUUUCUAGGAGGCGACGAAAUGACUUUUCGAAAUUUCCCCGCCGUUGGCCGAGCUUCUUCCUCCUCUUCCUCUCUCUCAUCUUCGUUUCCUGUGGCGGAAGACCAGCUCGUGGUGGCGAAAGGCGAAGAGAAACGAGAAGGCAGAGAGCGGGUCCGAGCUGCUUCUCACCGGUGCCGUGGACGCAGACAGGAGAUAGCGAAGAGAACAGCGAAGGAAAGAGAAGACGAAGCGGAAGAGAAAGUGAAUGAACUACGGUCGUGGCUCGACGCACAGGCGCCGCUGCUUCCGGAAUCUCUUUUGAGACCUCAGUCGAAGAUGCUGGAGAAAGUCAUGCGAGCACUCGAGAGCGACACGCAGCUGUGCGCGGAGCUGCAGGGACAAGAAGAAGAGCUUCUUCUUCUCUCCGAGUUAUUCGCGUCUGACGCCAACAGCCAGAGUCUUGUAGAGAAGGCGGGGGCCUUCUUAGUUGCAAGGGGCUCUCUGUGUUGUCGCGUGGGUAAUUGGCAUGGCAUGUGCCUCUCCUAUGGCUUGGCGUUGCGGCUGGGACUGUCUUGCAAGGCAAGCAACGAGUUGCUGCGUUUCUUCGUCCGUCGCGAAGCCGCAGACGCCGCGCUUCGAAUUGCCUGCGUCACCUGCCAGCACCUGAGGCGUCUCUGCGGCGAAGACUUUCCUUCCCUUCCUGCCUGGAUGUCAGCUGCUCUCGCCAAGCUUGUCGCUCGAGUUGGCGUUGAAGCCGUCCAAGCGAGUUUUCUCCACAUCCCGAAGUGCGUUCGGCAUCCUGCUGUCGAGAGUUUUCUCGAAUCUCGACGACGUGCUCAGGCUCCGCAUGCAGCGCCGUUUCCGUGAGAAGCCGAGAAGGCUGGAGAGAAACGCCAGACACGCAGCACAAGCGA